AUGGGGGCCCGGCUCCGUUUCGAGGGGCUCGCAGAGACUCUGCACAAGCUGUGGUUUUGUGGCUGCACAAUUGCGGGGCUGUCCUUGCUGUCCUCCAGUGUGAUGCGGCUGGUCAGCGAGCAGAACCCAGAGGACUGGAUGGACCUGUUGCUGCCGCGCCGCUCGCUGUACAUCCUCAGAGGCCCGGCUCGCUACGAGUUCACCCACGAGAUCCUCAAAGACGAGGAGUCCUUUUUUGACGGGCAGAAGAUCCCCCGAGAGAGGAGGAUUUCCGUCAUCUGCAGGAACCUGCCUGUGCUGCCAGCUCCUACGUAGGCCAGGCUAGAGACGCUAGUGGAGCCGUGGGAUUGGAAACAGCCUUCCUCCCCUCUCCGGGCUGGAGCAGAGCGGAAUGUGUUCAUUUGAUCUGGUUGACGCUUUCGCUCCAGCAUGCUCAAAGGGACCUGUCUGUGGAGGUUUGUAGCCAAGACUAAACCAGGGGACUUCUCCCCUCAACACGCAGCCGUGGAGGAGUCUGCGGAUGUGUGUACCCUCGACAACCACCCAGGUGCCUACUGUGUCAUCAGCAGUGCAAUUAAUGAAUGAUUUAAUGCACUGUAUUGACUACCCACAGGGCAAGGGAAGCUGCAUAGUCCAUGUUAAACCCAACAAGUAAAAUCUAAAAUAGAAAUAUCUCCCCUGUGAUCUUCGUUACGGGGCCUGGGGUGACUUUAACAACAGCAGGUAAAUAGAAUUCCGAUAGAAGUGUGCUGUUUUUGUUUGUUUUUAAAGGGAACCGCUGGUGAAUUUUGGCGAAUUUCCCUCAUUAAAAAUAAUUUUUGAACACGUA